ACCCCCCAUGGAACUGUUUGAAGUUUAUUUAUGUAUAAAAUUGCUAUGUGCCUGCGUGUGUAAACACAACAGUACUUUUUGGCUAGCUCCGGCAGUUUUUAAUAUCAAAAUUCAAACCGCUGCCAAACCUCUGUUCCGUCUACAAUUACAGUAAAUAUGUCCUCCUGGGAAGAGAUUCAGGCCGUCAAGGCUAAACGUAACACACUGCGGGAGCGGCUGGAGAAACGCAAGAAGGAACGCCAGGAUCUGCUCGGUGGAAGCAGCCCCAGCCCGAGUGUAGUAGGACUGAUCAAAACCGAAGCCGGCACUUCCGGUGGGGAUGAUAAGAGUAAAAUAUUGCUGACGGCUAUUAAGCUGGAGCAAGAUGUUGAUUAUGAGGUCGAAAAAACGCUGGUCCAGGUACUGGCUGAUCGCAGUUUGGCUCUACCGACUAAUUCGACACAAAUAGGGGAACGGGUAGAAAAAUUAAUUCAGAAACCAACGGCAAGUGAUUCCAUAUUGCACUAUCUGCAAAAGCUAUCCGGCCAGAAUCUGGUCAAUAUGAAGGAAGUCAGUAUUGCAGGAAUGGUUGGUUAUGAGGUUAUCUCGGCGGAAUACGGCAGCCUGCAGUCUCUUUACGAUGACUUACUGGUCAAUCACAACGAGCGGGAAGGUACUAAACGAAAAGCUGUUAAGAUAGAAAAAGAUUCCGAUAUGAAGCUGGCUCGAUUAAUCUCCGGGUCAAUCAAAGAGGAAGCACAGACGAAAGCCGGCGAAUCGAGCCUGCUGAGCAAUACGGCGGACAUUAUGUCACUGCUGUCAAUGCCUUCCACAAGAGAGAAACAAAGCAAAAAGGUUGGAGAAGAAAUUUUGGAACUAUUGACUAAGCCAACGGCCAAAGAGCGGUCACUGGCUGAAAAAUUCAAAUCGCAGGGUGGCGCUCAGGUGAUGGAGUUUUGUCCGCAUGGAACAAGAAUCGAAUGUUUAAGAUCGUUGGAGGCAGCAAACGAUGCUAAUCUGAAGAAGGAAGAUGAUGACGACGUUAUCAUUAGUGAUGAUAACAACGGGUUCGAGAUCGUGGAGAUCAAAAAAGAAGCGGAUGACCAUGCAAAGUAUCUUUGCAACAAGUUGCAUUUCAAAAAGAUUAUCCAAUCACAUACAGAUGAAUCGCUGGGAGAUUGCAGUUUUUUAAAUACUUGUUUUCAUAUGGAUACCUGUAAGUAUGUUCACUAUGAAGUCGAUACGUACGUCGGACUGAAUACAGGAUCGAAAUUCGAUGGUGAUGGAUCUUCGAAACGAACGAAAGAUCCGUGUGCUGCGCUAUAUCCACCUCAAUGGAUUCAGUGUGACUUGCGCUAUUUGGAUAUGACAGUUCUCGGAAAAUUCGCUGUGGUGAUGGCCGAUCCACCCUGGGAUAUUCAUAUGGAGCUACCCUACGGAACAAUGUCUGACGAUGAGAUGAGACAACUGGGAGUUCCUGCUCUGCAAGACGAUGGUUUAAUUUUUCUUUGGGUGACUGGCCGAGCGAUGGAACUUGGUCGCGAGUGUUUGAAGCUGUGGGGGUACGAGCGAGUCGAUGAAUUGAUUUGGGUAAAAACAAAUCAACUGCAGCGAAUAAUUCGUACCGGUAGAACCGGACAUUGGUUGAACCAUGGCAAGGAGCACUGUCUGGUGGGAAUGAAGGGGAAUCCACCGAACUUGAACCGAGGAUUGGAUUGUGACGUCAUAGUGGCUGAAGUAAGAGCGACCAGUCACAAGCCGGACGAAAUAUACGGGAUCAUUGAGCGGUUAAGCCCCGGAACGAGAAAAAUUGAACUUUUUGGUCGUCCACACAACGUUCAGCCGAAUUGGAUAACGCUCGGUAAUCAGUUGGACGGUAUUAGAUUAGUAGACCCCGAGCUCAUCAGUUCGUUUCAAAAGCGAUAUCCCGACGGCAAUUGCAUGACACCUGGAAAAAAUCCUUAAUUUGCAGUAACAAACUAUUUGCACG